AUGGCCAGGCGGGCCAACACAAAGGGGGUAUGCCAGCUGCUGGAAGCCGGCGCAGCCAAGGAUUCGAAGGACCACACUGGUUCAACGGCCGUUGCCUGCGCAUCAGCCAAAGGCCACUUGGAGAUCGUGGAUGUGCUCCUGAAAGCCGGCGCUGACCCAGACUUGUCCGACUGGAGGGGCAACACCGCCCUAGUUCUGGCGUCUGCCAGUGGCCACGUGGAGGUUGUGCGUUUGCUACUUGCCGCUGGCGCCCAGAUGGAUUGGCAGGCACGUGAUGGCACCACGGCACUUAGUUGUGCCGCUGUCAACAACCAUGUUCAGACAGCUCGCUUCCUGCUGGAAGCCGGUGCCGACAAAGACUUGGCAGACAACAAUGGCAACACCCCUCUUAUUCUUGCAUCUGGUGGCGGCCAUGCUGACAUCGUGCAGCUGUUGAUGGCUGCAGGUUCUGACAAGGAUCAGCAGGCACACAAUGGCAACACUGCUCUCACUUGUGCAUCGGGGGGCAAUCAUGCAGACGUUGUUUGCCUAUUGGUGAAGGCGGGUGCAGAUGCAAACACACGAGACCACAACGGAGAGACAGCUCUUCAUCUUGCAUCACGUCGUGGCUGCCUAAAGAUCGUUCGCAUGUUGCUCGAAGCAGGUGCCGAAGGUGAAGUGCAGGCUGGCACGGGUAACACCCCUUUCUUUUACGCCUCCGUCAGUGGCCACCUAGAAACUGCACGUUUGCUUCUGGAAUUUGGUGCCAACAAAGACCUGGAGCUCCUCUCUGCAGCAGCAGAGGGUCUUUCCGAGACAGUGCAGUUGUUGUUGGAAGCUGGGGCAGACAAGGACAUUAAGAACAGCGAUGGCGAGAAUGCUUUGCACCUCGCAGGGUAUGGCGGGCAUCAUCAAGCAGUACGCUUGCUGUUGGAAGCUGGUACCAACCGUGACUUGCAUGACCGGAAUGGCGAUACCCCUCUUAUAAAUGCAUGUCAUGGCGGUCAUGCUGAAACUGUACGCUUGCUGCUGGAAGGUGGUGCUGACAUAGAACUGGGAUCUUUUUCUGGCAGUAGUCCGCUUGUUUGUGCAUGUGUCGGCGGUCACGUUGAAACUGCACGCAUGUUAUUGGAAUCUGGUGCUGGUCAAGAGUUUGCACUCUUGCGUGCAUCUGCGGAAGGCCAGAUUGAUAUUGUUCACUUACUAUUGGAGGCCAGCGCCAACAAGGAUGCGAAGGACCGCCGUGGUCAGACAGCCCUCCACCGUGCUGCUUCCCGCGGACAGUCCGAAACGGUUCGCUUGUUGCUGGCAGCUGGUGUUGAUCAAAAUGUGCAAGACAGCACAGGAGCAAAGGCAAUCGCACUCGCCUGGUUGAAUCAUCACCACAAGACUGUGCGCUUGCUUCGUGGCUGUACUUGA